UUUAUAUGUUAGUGUCGUGUAACCUUUGUGUAGAUCAAGCAAGAUGCUUGAAGAAAAUAUAAUAUACAGUUUAUUUCCUAAACUGAGUCAUCUAAUUUUAAAUUGUAUGCACGAAUGUGAAGUUGGAAUAUGUGCUGGAAGAAUCAAAUUAACAGAAUUGACAUACGGGUGUCCAACUGUUUUGGCAGACAACCAAGGAAAAUGUGACAGAUUUAAAGUUGUCAUACCAUAUGCUGGACAAACUUUAACAUGGGAAGUUAUAUUUGAUGCAAAUUGUCCAAAGGAACCACCUGACUUCAUUUUUGAUGCAGAUGGCUUUCUUCCAGACAUGCAGUAUCUACCAGUAGAGCCUGAAUCAGUGGGACUACAUGGAUCCAGGAAGCCUGUCCAGGGUGUUAGUAGAGUUGCUGGCUCAGUACAAAACAUACCAGGAGCAACUGAUAUUUGCGUCAGAGAGGUUAAGCUUUGAGUACAAGGCUUUGAUCAAGGACACUGAGAUAACAUCCCAUGAUGUUGAAAUAUAUUCUACAAGAACUGAGAAUCGAGUUGGACCCAUCAAUUUCUUGAUAAAGCUUCCAGUGGAUUUUUCCAGAAUUCCAGCAUAUAUUUUAAAGGCUUGUAAAGUGGACCCUGGGGAGGACGCAGCCUUGCUCCUGGUUACGUUCAACAAUCCAGAGGGAACAAGAAUAACACCACAGCUCUACCUGUCACCUCGAGUUGAAAAUGGACUGGGAGGCUCAAGUCAGUUGCGUAUUCCUGGCUUCCCUGACCGCUCCUGCCUCACAGAGUACGUACAGGAGGUCAACAGCCUGCUCACCAACAAGGUUGAACAGAUUGUUCAGUGCUAUGAGAAAAGGAGAGAUUACAUGUCUGCCCUCUUGGCACACUUUGGCAGAUCUGUUUUGGAAUAUGAUGCUGAAGGAUUCUACAAGGUGUCUUUCCUGUUUGAGUGGAAUGAUUUCUUCUUCAUGAUCUACAUUGAGCUGCUGCCUGUAUUCCCCAAGGAGCAGCCUGUGGUGACCUUCCAGUCCAUCUACCACGAGUUGAAGGGUCGCCCGUAUAGUGAGAGUCACCAGACUGACUACCCAUUCAGCCCACGCUGGACUGGACAGGAGAUGGCAGACCGCGCUAGACAAUUCAUUCUGGAAAAUAUUGGUGCCUUUCAAAAGACAUCAGUCCGUCUGUGUGCAACGUAACUGAUUAAGCUUUCAUUCUGUGAUAUGGUGCCUAUAGAACUUAAUAAACAAUUGCUUAUGUUACUAAAAAUGUGCAAUGUAAAUAUGAUUAAUUCUUCAAUAAAUAGAAAAAAGUUAUUGAAAUUACAGAUCUUACAUCAGUUUCUUACACAAUUUGAGUUGACCAAUAAAUUGUGUAAUGUUU